CUUAUUCGAUUCAAAUAUUCUAAGAUUGUAAUGUCAUUUAUCAAACCAUAUGCAUUUUUAGUACUGGUAUAAUUUUUUUUAUCAUAAAUUAAUUUCAAAAAUUUUCAUAUACCUAUACGUAUUUAAUUUACUCAGGAUUAAUUACUAUGAUUGGUGCUAUCGUCGUGGUUAUUGAACGAUGAGCGCUCGCAGCAGCAUCAGGAUCAAAAGUCCCGUGGGAUGCAGAUGCCACUACAUACUGAAACGAUGUAUGGCCAUUCAUCUGCAGAAACAGUCGCUAGUCCGGUACGUCCCGCAACAAGCGGAAACUUCGCCGUAUUGGAUGUACGACAACGGGUACCUAAUAUUCCAGAGCUUUUUGGAAUCGAAUCUAAAAUGUGUCUGGAAUCGAAGUCUCGUGGAGGCAAUGCAAGUGGUCAAAUACGAGGGAUACGUAUCACCGGGAGUACUGUUGCUCACCGGUGAUCCGUGCUCCAUGGAGGUAAUACGAGGCGCCUGGUGUCGUAAUGUGCUCAGGCCACCAAACAGUUACGUGAUCACUAAAAUCGGCGACGUGGAAGACUGUGUGGUGGAGGAUUUGAACCAAGGACAAUUUACGCCGUUAUCCGAAGCCCUAUGCCUAGUCAUACUGGAGCUAACCAGCGCAAAUCAAAAUGCCACAAUUGACACUGUGCGUUCAGCUCUUAAAAUAUUUUUCUCUAACAUUCAACCGCCGGCUGAACACAUUAUCUACGACGCGAUGGUCAAUCUCAUGUCCGAUAAUAAGAUAUACCAGACCUCCAGGGGUUACUUUGUUGUGACGCCGGAGGUGCAGCGACUAGUAGGUUCAGCGACCGCUAGCCCUGCACACAGCUUGCGGUUGGGAGGAAGUAGUCGGUACAGCCCGAGCAAAAAAGGGUUCUUGAUGUCUACGGAAGAAGCGUACGUGAAGGUUCACGGUGAUAUAGAGACCUUAAGAGACGGCGACCAAACUCAUCAAAACAUACAAACCAAUUUGGCAGACAUCAUAUCCGGCGGUAAUUCGGACGAUAAAACGCUGUCACCCAGGAGGGAUGCAUCCGGCGAGAGACUGGGUAGGCGCAACUCGCUCAGGACCAACUCGGCGUCCCGCCGCUUGCAGGCCACACUGCAACGGAGCGGUUCGAUGAGACAGAUAUCGAACAAAAACAAAACGGACGAAUACUACGGUGGCGUGUCGGUGGAACCUAAAAAGUCGCCGGGUAUUUUUUCGAGAUUGUUCGGGAGCCGAAGAUCGAGUUCCAAAUCCCGAAAGUCCAACAACUAUUGUUGCGCCACUCAGUUCCCUCCGGACGAAUGGUUCAACAAAAGCGUACAACCACAACACUCGAUCUCCACACAAACGGAGAAGGACGAGGACGACUGCAAGGCGAAACAACAGUGGCCGGCCCCGAGGUUGACGAGGAGCGCAACGCUGCCGAGGAAAUCGCGAGUCGCCACGGCGGGUCCGUCGUCGUUGGCCUGCAGCAGUGGCGUCGACGGUUGCGGCGGCUGCCACGCAGACAAGACGCCCGCCGCAGCCAAGAAGGCAUACCCGUCAAGCGGUUCGUCCGGAUACAACUCGCUGCCCCGGAUGAACGGCGGCCGGAAGUCGGGCAGCGUCAAGAACUCGCCGUCGUCAGAGCUGUCGUACAAGAUCGCCGCCGCAGCCAAAGCGGAAAAUGGCGACGCGUCUUGCAAACCAGACACGCCGACCGGCCACGGCAGCAACUUCGAUUCGAGUUACAGCUGCGACGAGAUAUCCGUCAACGACUCGUCCAUCACGCUCACGGUGGUCGCGACGCCGCCCGCUAAGCCCAAGACGGCCGCGGACUUGCGCCGGGAAUACUUCCGGGGCUUGAGCAAGUACGGUACGGCUGCCACCAACGGAACCUGCAGCACGACCGGCAGCGUCCGCGGUAAAGACCACCACUACCAACAGCUGCAGAAGCCACAGCAACAGCAGAAGCAGCAGCAGCAGCAACAGCAACAGCACCUGCAGCAGAAGUACUUCAACCGCAGUGGUGGCAGCGGGCGUGAUAAACAGGCGAUCGCCGCGAGUCUGCACAAAUACCUCGACAACGCGUGUAAAAUCAAAUGACGGAAGUCCACCCCCCCCCCUCCCCUACACACCGCAAACCCUCGCCCGUUUUUCUCCUUAUAACAACAUCGUAUAUUAUAUAGUAUAGUUGUCUGUUAUUCUAUAAUAUAUUAUUAUUUCUUCUUGGAUGAACAUUAUUGCAUCGUCGGCCGUUGUAUACCUACGACCUACCUAUUAUACAGCAAACAACUUAUAAUAUACUAACACGACGUAUAUUAAUAAUUUACAUGUUAUUAUUAUUAUUAGUAUGUAUAAUUUACACGCAUGAAAUAAUAUAGUAUAGGUACGCAUAUUGUUAUAAUAUAAUAAUAUUGUACGGGCGGUUGUAAAUUCGGCUCCGCAAUGGUAAGGUCGUGCAUAUAGUAACGCACAUAUUUGACGCACAAACGAUUUUUUUCUAAACUUGUGGGUUUUCGACGGAAAAAAACGAUCGGGGCCGAAUUUACAAUCAAUCUUUUUAUUCCCGCCUAUUGCGUUAGGGCGCCGAGCUUACAUUUUCUCGUUACAUAAUAUAUUAUUAUUGUUUAUAAUAGGUAUAUUAUACCUACUACCCACUACGACCAAUCUAUAUAUAUUAUUAUGUUAUGAAUUUAUGAUAAUAUUGUUAAAGGAAUGCCAUAUAACAUUUUUUAUUUAUAAUUAUUAUUAUAUACAAACUAAUCAAACAGUACUAUAUUAUUAUAUUUUUAUUAUAUACGAUUAUAAUAUUAUGUUAUUACCUAUGUAGUACACUUUUCAUCUUUUAAUAUUUUAAAUGUAUGUACCUCGUCCAUAUUUUUUGUACGUCAGUGUGAUACUUAUACAUAUAGGUACUAUAAUAUACACAAUUAUAAUAUUCUAUAUACCUACAUCAUUAUUGUUGACGACCUGGAUAUGAAGACGAAGAGUAUACAUAUUUUGUAAACUUUCCGGGCGUAUAUAUUAUAAUAUCAUAUGCCUGGACAUAAUAUCACUUGUUAUAAGAUAUAUAUUAAUAUUAAUUUAUACUUAACUGAAUAAAAUACAUAAUAUUCUA